CGGGCGGCGGUCGGCGGGCGGCGGUUGGCGGUCGGUCUGAGGGCAGCCGCCGGCACUCGUCUCGCCGAACCGCAACAUGUUCUCGUUCGGCAACACGGGCGACGACGCCAUGUUUGAGCGCGACGUUGGCGGAGGAUCUCACCUUGGGCAGGUGUUCAACGGUAGCAAUGGAGGCGGUGGGGAGAACGGUAACUUUCAGUACCAGCCCGAGCACCAGCCCAGUCGUGCUACUGGUGGCUCUCGCUCUGGUGGCGUCAUGGCUGCUGAGGAGGCGUCCCAGUCGGCGGCGGGUGGUGCCAGCUCGGGAGGCGAUCCCAACGCUGUCCUCCACCACAACUCGGUGCACCUGCAGAAGUACGACUCGGUGAACCGGCGGUAUGAGGACGUGGGCACCGUGGGCGCCGCGAUUCUGGGCUCGCAGGCUGCAGAGCAGUUCCGGAUUGUGCUGUACCUGCCGUCGCAGCAGCGGGUGUGCGAGACGCCCGUGGUGCCAGGCACGUCGUGCGUGACGCAGGCCUCGCUCUACCUCUCGCUACUUGACGGCAACAAGCAGUCGUGGUCGCUCAAGUUCGGCUCGACCGCCGAUCGUGACAAUUGGGUGCGGUACCUUGCGAUUGCCAAGGCGCUGCUCCGGCCGCGCGAGGUGGUGACGCACACGCUUGCGGCCGGGAAGAAGGACUCUGCGCCGGCUGCGCAGGGCGACAUUGCGACGUGCUCGUUCACCGGGUACGUGAUCUCGGGCUCGGGCCAGCUCGGCAACGUGUUUGUCUCCAAGGGCCUCGACACCAAGCACAAGAUGCAGCUUGGCGCGCCGGGAGCGCCGCCGGGUCUCUCCGAGGGCAUGGUCGGCAUGCACAAGGGCGCGCGGCGGAUCAUCAUUGUGCCUGCGGCGCUGGCGUACGGGACGCAGGGCUCGGCCAAUGUCCCGCCCAACUCGGCGCUGUGCUACGAGGUGGCGCUGGUCAAGUCGAAGAAGGCGCCGGCCAGCGGCGCAAGCGGGCAGCAGGCCGGCGGCGCGGGAGUGAUGGAGCGGAUGCGAGCGAUGGCGGUGCCGAUGCAGACGCAAGCCGGGUACGGGCCUGCCGCGAUGGUGCCGAUGCAGGGCCAGGGUGGAGGUAUGGCGCAGGGCCAGGGCCAGGGCGGGAGCAUGGCACAGGGCCAGGGCGGGAGCAUGGCGCAGGGCCAGAGCGGGUACGCCGCGGGUGGAGGCGGGCCGGCGAUGGGCCUCGGCUCGGCGCUCGGCGCGGACCCGUCGGUGGUUCAGCUCCUCCUUGACAACCAGAAGAACCAGAACGAGCUCCGUGUUCAGCUCGGGACCAUGUCGGGCAAGCUCGACGAGGUGUCGAUGAAGAUUGACCACGUCGACCCGUUCCGCGGGCUUGGCUCGGAGGAGAACCGCAUGUCGGGCCUCAUUCUUCUGCAGAACCUGCAACGGAUCAUCAUGGAGAACGACAUUCUCAAGCGCGAGAACUUUGACAAGACGCACCGGAUCGACAUUCUCACAGACAAGGUCUCGAAGCUCCUCGCCAAGAACGAGCAGUACAUCGACGACUCGUCGCGGAUCAUCGAGCAGCGCAACGACACGUUGAAGCACUCGGCGGCCGAGGCGCGGCGACAGCUGCAGGACUUGCACAUGGAGAAGGCCAAGGCCGACAACGCGCUUGCCGAGGCGCAGGCCGAGCUCUCAGAGGCGACGCGGCAAAUGGCCAAGCUCAAGCUGGAGCGCAACCAGCUGCGGGCGGAGCUCGAGGCGACGACGUCGGAGCUGGCCAAGGUCAAGGAGGCGUGCCAGAAGAUGCGGAUUCAGCAGAAGGACGAUGAGACGCAGGUCGAGCUGCUGACCAAGACGUACAAGGACGAGAAGGCUGCGCGCAAGGUUGCGCUCCGCAAGGUCGAGACGCUGCAGGAGGAGCUUCUGGAGGAGAAGCAGUUCCGCCAGUCGGCCGAGGAGGAGCUCGCGGCCCGCAAGAAGAAGUACGCCGCCGAUCUGCGGCGCAUCGAGUCGCUCUUCAAUGAGGAGAAGAAGCGGCUGGAGACGGAGAUCGACAGCAUGCGCGAGUCACUCCGGCAGGAGCGGCUGGCGUCGGGCGUCAUCUCGCAGGAGACCAUUGCCCGCAUCGAGAAGGAGCAGGAGGACAAGUGGCAGGCGCUCAUGCGCCAGCAGGAGGUCACCAUCACCAACUCGGCCAUGCACAAGGCACAGCGCGACAAGCAGGAGGCCGAGCUUGCGGCCUACGAGCGCGGCCGCCAGGACGUUAUGUCCGAGAAGAACAAGGCUGUGGAGCAGGCGUACUCCAAGGGCAUGCAGGACGGUGUCGAGAAGGGCACCGCCGAGGCGCUGGCCCUCACCGGCGGCGCUGGCGGCGCUCCGGCCUCGGGUGAGGUCCGCCGCCUCCGCGCCGCGCUCGCUCAGGCCGAAGACGACAAGAACGAGUCUGUCAAGGCCAUCAUGUCGCAGGUCUACUUCAACAUUGCAGACGAGUUUGACGAGGACUCGAUGUACGAGACGCCGGCUAUUCUUGAGUCGGUCAUCACCGUCAUCAAGAAGACCACGCUCGAGCUGCUCGAGGCUGGCAGCGGCGCCGGUGGCGCAUCUGCUGCCGAGAACGAGGCCGAGGACGAGGGUGAGGACGAGGCCGAGGCCGAGGCUGAGACUGAGGCUGAGGACGAGAUUGUGGACCCGCUCGGCGCUGCAGCUGCCGAGGUCGAGGUGGAGGCUGCGGUCGAGGCCGAGAGCGAGGCCAAGGCCGACGGCGAAGACGAGGGCAAGAUCGAGGUGGAGGCUGAGACCGAGGCCGCUGCGCCCGCUCGCGCGUACUCGGACGAUGAGCUGGCCGAGCUGAUGGAGGAUGAUGAUGUGGUGUAUGGCGGCGCCAAGGCCGAGGCUGCUGCGCGCAAGGCCGACAGCGAUGCCGACGCCGACGAGGACGAGGACGAGGAUGUCGUGGACGACCCGCUCGCACCUGCGGCCGACGCCGACGAGGCCGAGUCGGGCGACGCGUUUGACGCGGGCGACGCGUUUGACGCGGGCGACGCGUUUGACGCGGGCGACGAGGCUGACGACGACGCGUUUGACCAUCCGCCACCGCCUGCCGACGACGACGACGACGACGACGGCGAGGACGAGGCUGAGGACGAUGCGCCCAAGGCGGCGUCCAAGGCUGCCGACCUGUUUGGCGACAUGUCAGACGACGACGACGGGUUUGCGUCGCCGGCGCCGGCGGCCAAGCGCGAGCGGAUCGUGUUCUCGGACGAGGAGGAUGAUGCCGACGCCGACGCGGCCGCAGAGGCGGACGCGGAUGCGGCCGAUGAGCCCGCGGACAAGCCCGCACCAGCUAAGAGCAAGGCGGCUGACCUCUUUGGCAGCGACUCGGACUCGGACGACUUCCUCGGCGACUUCAAGCCCAAGUCGACGCCCAAGGCUGACUCGACCAAGAAGCCACAGAUCGCUGCAUGGCUCGCCAACGAGGCCACCCCGGCCGAGAAGGCCGAGUUCCAGGAGGUUCUCACAGAGCUCAACCGCCAAGAAGCCGGCGGCGGCGUCGUCCGGCCUCGACGACCCGGAUCUUGA